AGUCACGUAGAAAAGAGGCAGUCCAAUAAAUGGUCAAAACACGCUAUUAUCUUCUCCUCAAUUUCCUCAUUAAUGGCAGUUAUUCAAUUGCCCACUCUUCCUUCUCCACCUUCCGCACGCACUCUCAUGUCUUCCGACACUUACUCCCCCCUCUUUCCCUCUCCUGCCUCCGCCGCCACCGCCUCCGACCGCGCCAAGACUCCGCCACCGCCUUCGUUUGUCCCCGUCGGCCACUCCUCUCUCCGCAUGCUCUGCCACGAGUCACUCAUCGGUGGCUUCAUCGGAAAAUCCGGCUGUUCUAUCAAACACCUGCAACGCGACACCGGGUCCAGAAUCCGAGUUGAGGACUCGCUCCAACUCGGCUGCGAAGACCGAGUAAUCGUCAUUGUUGCUCCUAAUGUUCCAUUCAAAAAGAUGAAAUUACGAAAAGCCUACGACGAGGUUGAGUUUGAGGUUUCGGCGGUUCAAGAGGCGGCGCUUCGAGUUUUCGAGCGGGUUCUCGAAGUUUCAGGGGAGGGAAAUACGGAGGCGCUGUGUAGGCUUUUGGUAGACGCUGGCGAGGCGGGGUCAGUGAUUGGAAAAGGCGGGAAGAAUGUAACGAAAAUUAGGAGAGAGAGUGGAGUUAGAAUUAGGGUUUUAUCGGGGGGUGAGUUGCCCUCUGGUGUUUCUUAUCCUGAUCAAGUUGUUGAGAUUGAAGGGGGUGUAUUGGCUGUUAAAAAAGGUCUGCUUGGUGUUUGUGGCCGACUGCAAGAUUGCUUGCAAGGUGAAAAAUGGAGCAUCAAGGAGAACAGACCUUUGGAAUCCACUUCACAAUCAUCAGCCAACGAUUUUUGUGCUGAUCUUCCUCUUGAUCAGAUGUCAUUAUCUGUGACAACUACCUCUUACAGUCCUGCUGUGGUGGGAAGGUUAUCAUCAUUUGAGGCUGAUGGGCGUCCGACCUCAGUCUCAAAAUUGCAAAAACAAGAAGUUGUUUUUAGAAUUCUUUGUUCAAAUGAUAGAAUAGGUGGGGUGAUUGGCAGAGGAGGAUCUAUUGUUCACGCCCUUCAAGAAGAGUCAGGGGCUUGUAUAAAUGUUGGAUCAUUGGUUGCUAAUUGCAAUGAUCGGUUGGUCACUAUUUCUUCGGUGGAGGAUGUGGACUCAAGAUAUUCUCCUGCAGAACGUGCUCUAGUUCUUGUUCAUUCCAGGUCUAUUGAAGCCGGUGCGGAGAGGGGAUUCGAAGCAGGCUUGAACAAGAGAUCCUCAGUUUCUGCACGACUUGUAGUCCCAUCAAGUCAAGUUGGUUGUUUGUUGGGUAAAGGAGGUUUUAUAAUUUCUGAGAUUAGGAAGGCGACUGCAACUAGCAUUCAUAUACAUAAUGGUGACCAGGUGCCAAACUGUGUUGCACAGGGCGACGAAGUAGUUGAGAUCUCAGGGCAGUUCGCAGACACACAAGACGCCUUGUAUCAUGUAACUGGUAGGCUUCGAAAGAACAUUUUCACUAGUGUCCAUGGAAGAGUCCGAGAUGAGACAACUGUUGGUUUGCGCCAAUCUUCAGGAGCAUAUCGGUCUAUUGGUGGACAAGCCACUUUUAGGCAGGGUUUAGGUCCGACGCGUCCUCAGAUGUCGCAUUAUUCUCCUUCAGCAGGACUACGGAAGUCUGAGACUGCGGGAGUAAAUCCAAUGAAUUUUGAGACUAUUGACAGAUGUUUGGCUUCUGAUAAUGGUGGAGUAGAGCUUAGCAGGAUACAGAGACCAGCUAUUGUAACAAAUACAACAGUGGAAAUCCUAGUUUCUGAAAGCUCUAUCAGCUCUGUUUAUGGCAAGAAUUUGUGCAAUCUAACUCGUAUAAGACAGAUAUCUGGUGCUAAGGUUACAGUCCAUGAAGCGGUUCCUGGAAUGGAAAAGAGGACUAUUGUAAUAUCUGGGACACCUGAUGAAACCCAGGCAGCCCAAAGCCUCAUCCAUGCAUUCAUCCAAUAAUCCUUUCUAGGUCAUCCUGAGUAAUUUACUUCAUUUUUUUUUGUUUUAUCUUUUUGACUUUUUCCAUUACUCAUUAACUGUAGCCAAAUACAGAGUAGGUCUAAAAAAAUUUGUACAUUUUUUAGAUGCAAGGGGCUGUAAUUAUUUUUGAACAUUUUUGAAUGCCAAGGGCUGUAAUUAUUUUUCUGUGAAGCUUUUGACAAUACGAGUAAUGAUUAUUAUAUCUGCAUAUAUAAUUUCAGUUCUUUGUAGAAA